UUAACAUACAUUUACAGGACGGGACUGGGUUAUACAUAUGAUCAAAUUGUCAGAGAAAAGAGGUCCACUUAGUCCCAUCCCUGCCCGGGUCUCUCUGUCCUCCCGAGCUCGCCUCGUCUCGUCUCCACGCUCACGGUCGUGUCGUCGAGUGCGCUGACUCGCGCACGGCGGCCUCUCAUUGGCUGUCGGCGGACACCGGAGCUGGUCGCUCUCCUCGGUGCUGAACGCGCUGCUCGUCGUGGUAAUGUGAACGGCGAUGAGGCCAAACACACACCAACAUGGACGAUGAUCUGUUCCAACUGAGACAGCUGCCUGUUGUCCGCUUCCGUCGCACAGGUGAGAGCACGCGCUCUGAGGACGAUGGCGAUAACAAAGAACAGAUUGGCAGGAUUGCCGAGCAGACUGAUCUGGAGUCUGUGGCUCUUGCAGAUGGAGCUCCAGUACCGCGGGAGUUUGCCAACCCAACUGAUGACACGUUCAUGGUAGAAGAUGCCGUGGAGGCCAUCGGCUUUGGGACAUUUCAGUGGAAACUCUCCAUUCUCACCGGUCUAGCCUGGAUGGCUGAUGCCAUGGAGAUGAUGAUCCUUAGCAUCCUAGCCCCACAGCUCCACUGUGAAUGGAGACUGCCCAGCCUCGAGGUGGCACUGCUUACAUCGGCCGUGUUCAUUGGGAUGAUGAUCAGUUCCUCUCUUUGGGGAAACAUAUCCGACAAAUAUGGCAGAAAGACAGGUCUGAAGAUGAGCGUGUUGUGGACAAUGUUCUAUGGCCUGAUGAGUGCAUUUGCACCUGUUUAUGGGUGGAUCCUUGUCCUCCGUGCGCUGGUGGGCUUUGGCAUUGGAGGAGCCCCACAGUCGGUGACACUGUAUUCUGAAUUUCUGCCUAUGAAGUCAAGAGCCACAUGCAUCUUGCUGAUUGAGAUCUUUUGGGCCCUUGGCACUGUGUUUGAGGUCCUCUUAGCGAUCCUGGUGAUGCCCACUCUGGGCUGGCGCUGGCUGCUCGGCCUCUCUACCAUUCCUCUCUUUAUCUUUGCCUCAUUAUGUUUUUGGCUACCCGAGAGCGCUCGAUACGACGUGCUGACAGGAAACCAGGAAAAGGCUCUGGCCACGCUGAAGCGCAUUGCCACAGAGAACGGAGCUCCCAUGCCACUAGGAAAACUAAUUGCUGCCAGACAGGAGGAUCGUGGGAAGUUUCAAGACUUAUUUUCAUCACACUUCCGUGGGACCACAAUUCUGCUGUGGUUUAUUUGGUUUGCAAAUGCCUUCUCCUACUAUGGACUGGUGCUCCUGACCACAGAGCUGUUUCAGGAAGGGGGCGCAUGUGGAAUGUCCAAAGGUAAUAAGAUGGAGCUCCGAUGCAGCUUGGAGUGUAAAUAUCUGAACUCGGAUGACUAUAAAGACCUACUGUGGACGACGCUAUCUGAAUUCCCAGGACUGCUGGUGACACUGUGGGCUAUUGAUCGUCUGGGGAGGAGGAUGACCAUGGCGUUGUGUUUCCUAGUCUUCUCUCUGUGCAUUAUUCCACUCUAUGGUUGUGUUGGGAGAGUUUCCAUGACAGUGUUAAUAUUCAUCGCCAGAGCCUUCAUUUCCGGAGGGUUCCAGGCUGCAUAUGUGUACACUCCAGAGGUGUACCCAACAGCAACCAGGGCUUUAGGCCUGGGGACAAGCAGUGGCAUGGCAAGAGUUGGUGCCCUCAUCACACCUUUUGUUGCACAGGUGAUGCUGGAGUCCUCCGUGUAUCUGGCUCUCUCCGUGUACUGCUGCUGCUGCCUCCUAGCUGCCAUCGCCUCCUGUGCACUGCCAAUUGAGACGACAGGCCGAGGCAUGCAGGAGUCCAGCCACCGUGAGUGGGGCCAGGAGAUGACGGGCCGGGCCUCUUCGCGCAGCCCAGGGGGAAUCCCUCACUCCAACUCAGGCUCCCAGAGCUGAGGACAUCCCAGCUGGGGAACACCCGAAUCAUCACCACAGAGGAAAAAAAAGAGGCAAGGAGAGGCGAGAAAGCUAACAAAGCUUCCCGUGUCCAUCUCCCUAUGAGCCUACGAGCCAGGCAGCACAAUAUUUUCUACAUGUCACUGUAAUUAUAGUCUUCAACCGCCAUUGUUGUCACAAUUUUUCCACUGUAUAACUGCACACAGGGUGACUGGAAAGACCGAAUGACCUGAACAAGCGCAAGAACGAAUGCCGGGGACGACAGGAAGCCCUCUUUGAACAAGUGAGAAUUCAAAUAGUUCGAACAAAGUAUUUGAAUCCUGCUUCUCUAAUGUAAGAGAAGCAAAUGGAAAUACUGUAAAUGGGGGUGAAAGUGUAAGAGGAGUUUACUUCAAACAACCAUCCUUAAAACGACCCAUUCGGUUUGUGGCUGAGAGACCGGUUCUUUACCCAAUGAAAAAGUUGCAUACUGGAAAACAUGCGUAGGUGAGAAAGAGCAUUAUCUUGUGCUCACAAAUUGCCUCUUAAAAUAAAACUAAUCACAAACUCAAUUAAAAGUGUGGAGUUACUUCAAGAUUCCCUUGUGUCACAGCCGUGAAAGGACAUACUGUACAGUAAGUCAACGUCAUAAUAUGUUCUUUUCUUGAGUCAGUAUUAUUUCACAUUUUAACCUGGAUGGCAUUUGUUUGGCCAUUGAUUUACAAAAAGCUGACAAAUCUGCCAAAGGUUCCAGAGCUUAAUAACAUUUGGCAGUAGUUAAUAGUUAGAGCACAAAUGGAACCAGUCCAGAGACCCUGGACUGAAUUUGAAGACAACACAAUGUAAGUUAACAUUGAAGUAUUAGGGAACUUACGUCUGAAUAUGUAAAUGACCCAAAAUAGUAGUAAAUGGUGUUAUGAUCUAUCAACAUCUUUCAGACUUUGAGGCUGUGCACUUAUAGACCUAUACAACCAUUUGCAAGGAUGUUAAUUUCUGUCUUUCUGUAAAUAUCGUACAAUACCUGGUUUAGUUGUUGUCUUUGCUAUUGUUUGUAACAAAGGGUGAUGUGGAGACAGUUUUCCCAGUGUGAUUCUACGAGUAACACAACAAUGUUUUGUUUAAAAAAAAUUUUUUUUAAUUAAAUUUAAAAAAAGAUUAACUAGCACAGGUCCAGCAAGCUGACUCUUACCUGCCAGAGUUUGACGUAGAGUGCUGCAAUAAGUGUCUGUGUGCACAGGUUCUUGUCAGUACACUUGGUGUAAAUGUGUAUGACACCAUAGUAAAUCAUCUUUCAAAAAGAA